GAGCCUAGUCGGCUUUCGGCCCAGAGACCGUGCGGGAGUUCAUCCUGCCGGAAAGCAGCACGCUACCGCGGCAUUUUACAACGUCGGCGGUGACAGUCCCUGGGAUGCUGGGAACACGCAGCUUCCUCCCUGCUAUUCGGUGAAAUCCUACGCAAUGUUCGGUUCGGGAGACGAGGACGACACCGAUUUCCUCUCGCCCAGCGGCGGUGCCAGAUUGGCCUCCCUUUUUGGACUGGAUCAGGCAGCUGCUGGCCAUGGAAAUGAAUUUUUCCAGUACACAGCCCCAAAACAGCCUAAGAAAGGCCAGGGAACGGGAGCAACAGGAAAUCAGGCAACACCAAAAACAGCACCAACCACUGCAAGCACUUCCACAAUACUGGUUGCAGCAGCAGUCCAUGCAUAUCGAUACACAAAUGGUCAAUAUGUAAAGCAGGGCAAAUUUGGUGCUGCAGUCCUGGGGAACCACACAGCCAGAGAGUAUAGGAUUCUUCUUUAUAUCAGUCAGCAACAGCCAGUUACGGUUGCUAGGAUUCAUGUGAACUUUGAGCUAACGGUCCGGCCCAAUAACUAUAGCACCUUUUAUGACGACCAGAGACAGAACUGGUCCAUUAUGUUUGAGUCGGAAAAGGCUGCUGUGGAGUUCAAUAAGCAGGUGUGCAUUGCUAAGUGCAACAGUACCUCUUCCCUGGAUGCAGUGCUCUCCCAGGACCUCAUUGUGACAGAAGGCCCUGCUGUAGAAGUUGGAGAUUCUUUGGAAGUGGCCUAUACCGGCUGGCUCUUUCAGAAUCAUGUGCUGGGCCAGGUUUUCGACUCCACUGCUAACAAAGAUAAGUUGCUUCGCUUGAAAUUAGGAUCAGGAAAAGUCAUCAAGGGCUGGGAGGAUGGAAUGCUGGGCAUGAAGAAAGGAGGAAAGCGGUUGCUUAUUGUCCCUCCAGCCUGUGCUGUUGGCUCAGAAGGGGUAAUAGGCUGGACUCAAGCAACGGACUCAAUCCUGGUGUUCGAAGUGGAGGUUAGGCGGGUGAAGUUUGCCAGAGAUUCUGGCUCUGACGGGCACAGCGUUAGUUCCCGGGAUUCUGCAGCUCCUUCCCCUGUCCCUGGUGCUGAUAACCUCUCUGCUGAUCCUGUUGUGUCACCAUCCACAUCAAUGCCUUUCAAACCAGGGGAGCCAGCUCUUCGUACCAAAUCUAACUCCCUCAGUGAACAACUUACAAUAAACACAAGUCCCGAUGCAGUCAAGGCCAAGUUGAUCUCUCGGAUGGCUAAAAUGGGCCAGCCCAUGCUGCCCAUCCUUCCACCACAGCUGGAUUCCAAUGAUUCAGAAAUCGAAGAUGUGAAUGCUCUGCGAGGAGGUGGGCAGCCUGUGGUGACUCCAUCCGUCCAGCCCUCUCUUCAGCCAGCCCAUCCAGCAUUACCACAGAUGACCUCACAGGCACCUCAGCCAUCUGUUUCUGGGCUCCAGGCACCUUCUGCUGCCUUAAUGCAAGUUGCAUCUCUCGAUUCCCAUUCAGCUGUAUCUGGAAAUGCCCAAUCCUUUCAGCCCUAUGCAGGUAUGCAAGCCUACGCGUAUCCGCAGGCAUCUGCCGUCACCUCCCAGCUGCAGCCAGUUCGGCCUUUGUACCCAGCACCACUCUCUCAGCCUCCCCAUUUCCAAGGAUCAGGUGAUAUGACUUCAUUUCUCAUGACUGAAGCCCGGCAACAUAACACUGAAAUUCGAAUGGCAGUCAGCAAAGUGGCUGAUAAAAUGGAUCAUCUCAUGACUAAGAUUGAAGAGUUACAGAAACACAGUGCUGGCAAUUCCAUGCUUAUUCCUAGCAUGUCCGUUACAAUGGAAACAAGCAUGAUUAUGAGCAACAUCCAGCGAAUCAUUCAGGAAAAUGAAAGAUUGAAGCAAGAGCUCCUUGAAAAGAGCAAUCGGAUAGAAGAACAGAAUGACAAGAUUAGCGAAUUAAUUGAACGAAAUCAGAGGUAUGUUGAGCAGAAUAACCUGAUGAUGGAGAAGAGGAACAACUCACUUCAGACAGCCACAGAAAACACACAGGCCAAGGUGACAGAGGAGUUAGCAGCGGCCACUGCACAGGUCUCUCAUCUGCAGCUGAAAAUGACUGCUCACCAAAAAAAGGAAACAGAGCUGCAGAUGCAGCUGACGGAAAACUUGAAGGAAACGGAUCUUCUCAGGGGCCAGCUCACCAAAGUGCAGGCAAAGCUCUCAGAGCUCCAAGAAACCUCUGAGCAAGCACAGUCCAAAUUCAGAAGUGAAAAGCAGAGCCGGAAACAACUGGAAUUCAAGGUGACAUCCCUGGAGGAGGAACUGACCGACCUUCGAGCUGAGAAGGAGUCCUUGGAAAAGAACCUCUCAGAAAGGAAAAAGAAGUCAGCUCAAGAACGUUGUCAGGCUGAGGAGGAGAUAGAUGAGAUUCGUAAGUCAUACCAGGAGGAAUUGGACAAACUUCGACAGCUCUUGAAAAAGACUCGAGUGUCCACAGACCAAGCAGCUGCAGAGCAGCUGUCUUUAGUACAGGCUGAGCUACAGACACAGUGGGAAGCAAAAUGUGAACAUUUGUUGGCCUCCGCCAAGGAUGAGCACCUGCAGCAGUACCAGGAGGUGUGUGCGCAGAGAGACGCCCAGCAGCAGAAGCUGGUACAACUUCAGGAAAAGUGUUUAGCCCUCCAGGCCCAAAUCACAGCUCUCACUGAGCAAAAUGAACAGCACAUCAAGAAACUAGAGAACAACUCACAGAUGCCUGGGGUUGAAGCUGCUGUGUCUGACCCCUCAGAGAAGGUCAAGAAGAUCAUGAACCAGGUGUUCCAGUCCUUACGGACAGAGUUUGAGCUGGAGGAAUCUUACAAUGGCAGGACCAUUCUGGGAACCAUCAUGAAUACUAUCAAGAUGGUGACUCUUCAGCUGUUAAACCAACAGGAGCGAGAGAAGGAAGAGAGCAGCAGUGAAGAAGAAAAAGCGGAAGAGCAGCCACGGAGACCUUCCCAGCAGCAGUCAGCCUCAGCCAGUUCUAGGCAGCCUGGGGCACCCCUGAACAGGGAGAGGCCAGAGUCCCCCAUGGUGCCUUUAGAGCAGGUGGUCAAGGAAGUUGUCCCGUUGCCUACUCAGGCCCUCACCACUUCCCAGGAUGAUAUACACAGAAGGAAAGGGGACUCAGAAGCAGAGGCACUCUCAGAGAUAAAAGAUGGUUCCCUUCCACCCGAACGGCCUUGCAUCCCAUCCCACAGAGUUCUGGGGCCCCCAACGUCAAUUCCACCUGAGCCCCCAGGCCCUGUAAUCAUGGACUUUGAGUGUGAGGAGACACUUGCUGCCAGCCCGAUGGCAGCUAAGCCCGACAGCCCAUCAGGAAAGCUCUGUGUCAGGGAAGUAGCACCAGAGGGCCCACUGCAAGAAAGCUCCAGACCGUCCUUGACUUCAGACCCCAAGAAGGGGGACCCACUGGCCUUAGGGCCUGAAAGCCUAGGAGAGCCUCAGCCUCCAGAGCUCAAAAAAGAUGAUGAUGUCACUAGCUCUGCUGGUCCCCCUGAGGAGCUGUCAAGCACAGAGGCAGGUUCCACAGUUGCAGGAGCAGCCCUCAGACCCUGCCAUCAUUCCCAGCGUUCCAGUCUCUCUGGGGAUGAAGAGGAUGAACUUUUUAAAGGGGCAACUCUGAAAGCUCUGAGGCCCAAAGCACAGCCUGAGGAGGAGGAUGAAGACGAGGUGAGCAUGAAGGGACGCCCGCCCCCAACACCCCUUUUUGGAGAUGAUGAUGAUGACGAUGACAUUGACUGGCUGGGAUGAAGACCCAGGAAACUGGUGCAAAGGUUUCUCUGCAACCCUUCCCUAAGCAUGAUUUUGCACAGCCAACCCUGGGUCUAGGCGAGCCACAGGGUGAGGUCAAGGUGAGCAUUCUGGGAACAAUAGUUCGGGCUCAGAAGGUGACUUAGCCAUCUUCUGAGCCCCACCCCUGCCUGGCCUGGUGAAGAGGAUCAUAACCCUGUCUUCGAAAACACUGGGUUUUCAGCAGCAAGUUGGAAGAAGGACUGGCAGGUUCCCCUCCAGCCAGUCAGUCACCUGCAAGAGUCCUGUCCUCUGCCAAACUUUUUAACCUCUUCUUUAACUCUCAGACUGACCUGGGAGCCCUCCUCUACCUGAAUCCAGUGCUCAACUCUGCCCCAGCAACAAGACAAGUCACUUGGGCUGAGGUCUCCCUGGUAGAAGAACCAAGGGAGAUUAUACCAUCUAAAUCCCGGUGCAGUUAACAGUCUGGCCUGUAGUCCUGGGACAUGUAUCUUUUUCUCUGCCUUAAAUCUGAUACAAGAGGUCAAGGACUAUUUGAAAAUAAAACUAAAAUAAAUGUCUAUAAUGAAACUUGGCUCAAGCCCUUGGAGGGAAAUUGAGUUUGGUUCCAAGGGCUGUCUACUCCUUUAUGGGAAUCGAAGGGUAGGAGUCAUAACAGAUCUGGGUCAGUUAACAGGCACAGAACAUUGUGACAUACUACUCCCUCUGGUACCUAACCCUGGAACUUUUCGGCUCUCAAAGUCACCACUCUGCAGUCCUAGCCCAUCCCUGGGGCAUGAUGGUUCUCUGAGGACCAGUCCAGUCAUCCUGCUGCUCCCGCAGGCUUAGUCCUGCUGUCUAGGAAGCCAUGCAGAGAAGGUGGGAAGGUCCCUUCUUUCCAUUGUUAAUGGCACCUGAGGGAUUCUUUACUAUGAGAGCAGCUUCCAUUCCCUUAGAACUCAUGGGACCAGGUCUAAUGCAGAGAAUGGUAGUGAGAAAAUAUUUGUGGUCAUUUUCUUGAUUCCAGGAUCUUCCAAAGACCAUGCAACCAGUCUUCAAAAAAA